CCGUGUGUUGCCUGUGCGGAGAUGUCUUCUCCUUUUGGUUAAGGGGGCUAGUAUGACCGGGCCCGUUUAGUCAGUAAAUGGGACUUGUCCCGUGUUGCCGGUUUGUAAUGGCACGACGCGCGUUCUACUUUUCGCGCUUGCACAAAACUUGUGCUUGGUGGGUCUGUAGAAGACUGGCUAUAUUGAACAAAUGGAAGGCGGGAGUUCCGGGGAUUGAUGUGUGGAAAGUAGGCCUUAGGCCUGUUUCAUUAACAAUGAUUGUUUGAACCCUUCCUGAAAUGGAGUGGCAGCCAGAUGAUCAGGGCCUUCAGCAAGUGCUGCAGCUGCUUAAGGAUUCCCAGUCCCCCAACACUGCAACACAGCGAGCUGUGCAACAAAAAUUGGAGCAACUGAAUCAGUAUCCAGACUUCAACAAUUACUUAAUAUUUGUCUUAACCCGACUAAAGUCUGAAGAUGAACCCACGCGCUCCCUUAGUGGCCUGAUCCUGAAGAACAAUGUGAAGACCCAUUAUCAGAAUUUUCCACAGGGUGUUGCAAGCUUCAUCAAACAGGAAUGUCUGAACAACAUUGGCGACUCAUCACCCCUUAUCCGAGCAACAAUAGGCAUCCUUAUCACUACCAUAGCUUCAAAAGGUGAGCUGCAGACCUGGCCGGAAUUGCUUCCUCAGCUUUGUAACCUCUUAAACUCUGAGGAUUAUAACACUUGUGAGGGUUCAUUUGGAGCUCUUCAGAAGAUCUGUGAAGAUUCGUCAGAAUUGUUGGACAGCGAUGCUCUGAACAGGCCACUGAACGUUAUGAUUCCCAAGUUCCUCCAGUUCUUUAAACAUUGUAGUCCCAAAAUCAGGUCCCAUGCAGUAGCAUGUGUGAACCAGUUUAUUAUGGAUCGAGCCCAGGCACUGAUGGAUAACAUAGAUACCUUUAUUGAGCAAUUGUUUGCACUUGCUGGUGAUGAAGAUCCUGAAGUUCGAAAGAAUGUAUGUCGAGCACUGGUGAUGUUGCUGGAGGUCCGGAUAGACAGGCUACUACCUCACAUGCACAACAUUAUUCAGUACAUGCUACAGAGGACUCAGGAUAGUGAUGAGAAUGUUGCCCUUGAAGCUUGCGAAUUCUGGUUGACCUUGGCUGAACAACCUAUCUGUAAGGAAGUCUUGACAGCACAUUUACUCCAGUUAAUUCCAAUUCUUGUGAAUGGAAUGAAGUACUCUGAGAUUGAUAUCAUCCUUUUAAAGGGUGAUGUUGAAGAGGAUGAGACUGUCCCAGAUAGUGAGCAAGAUAUAAAGCCACGUUUUCACAAGUCACGCACAGUUACAUUACAACAUGAGGAAGAAGGAGCUGAUGAUGAUGAGGAUUUUGAUGACGAUGAUGAUACGAUCUCGGACUGGAAUCUGAGAAAAUGUUCUGCUGCUGCACUUGAUGUUCUGGCAAAUGUGUUUAGGGAAGACCUUUUGCCUCAUCUCCUUCCACUUCUGAAAGGGCUUCUGUUCCAUCAGGAGUGGGUAAUUAAAGAAUCUGGCAUACUUGUCUUGGGAGCCAUUGCAGAAGGUUGCAUGCAGGGCAUGGUUCCCUACCUCCCUGAGCUCAUUCCUCAUCUUAUUCAGUGCCUUUCUGAUAAAAAGGCACUAGUGCGUUCAAUUGCCUGUUGGACUCUGAGUCGUUAUGCUCACUGGGUUGUUAGCCAGCCUCCUGACAUGUACUUGAAGCCGCUUAUGACUGAACUCUUGAAACGGAUUCUUGAUGGUAACAAGAGGGUGCAAGAGGCAGCCUGCAGUGCUUUUGCAACACUGGAGGAGGAGGCCUGCACGGAACUGGUUCCAUACCUGAGUUAUAUUCUGGAUACUUUGGUGUUUGCCUUUGGAAAAUAUCAGCAUAAGAACCUGUUGAUUCUGUAUGAUGCAAUUGGCACCCUUGCGGAUUCUGUUGGGCAUCAUCUUAACCACUCUGAGUACAUACAGAAAUUAAUGCCACCUUUGAUCCAGAAGUGGAAUGAACUGAAAGAUGAAGACAAAGAUCUUUUUCCACUGCUGGAGUGUUUGUCCUCUGUAGCCACAGCCCUACAGAGUGGUUUUCUGCCUUACUGUGAACCAGUUUAUCAGCGUUGUGUUACACUUGUACAGAAGACACUUGCUCAGUCCAUGAUGUAUAGCCAGCACCCUGACCAGUAUGAAGCACCUGACAAGGAUUUCAUGAUUGUAGCACUGGACUUGCUAAGUGGCUUGGCAGAAGGUCUUGGAGCUCAUGUGGAGCAGCUUGUGGCCAGAAGUAACAUCAUGACACUCUUAUUCCAGUGUAUGCAGGAUACCAUGCCUGAGGUCCGUCAGAGUUCAUUUGCACUUUUGGGUGAUCUCACCAAAGCCUGUUUUCCCCAUGUCAAGCCCUGCAUUGCAGAGUUUAUGCCAAUUUUGGGCACAAAUCUGAACCCUGAGUUUAUCUCUGUAUGUAAUAAUGCCACUUGGGCCAUUGGAGAAAUCUGCAUGCAGAUGGCAAUUACCAUUGGUCGUCUUGGUUGUGUGUGUCCGCAGGAGGUUGCUCCCAUGCUUCAUCAGUUCAUUCGUCCCUGGUGUACAUCAUUAAGGAAUAUCAGAGACAAUGAAGAAAAAGACUCUGCUUUCCGAGGAAUCUGUAUGAUGAUUGGUGUGAAUCCAGGUGGUGUUGUGCAGGACUUCAUCUUUUUCUGUGAUGCCGUUGCUUCCUGGGUGAAUCCUAAAGAAGACUUGAAAGAUAUGUUUUACAAGAUUCUUCAUGGGUUCAGAGACCAGGUUGGAGAAGAGAACUGGCAGCAGUUUUCAGAACAGUUCCCACCUCUGUUAAAAGAUAGACUUGCAACAUACUACGGCGUAUAAUGAGACUGCUGGGAGCUUGAUAGGUAUCUCUAUGUGCUGGGAGGGUUACCGGGAACUUGUCCAUGUCUGCGUAUUGCACUGCCCUGUUCAUGGGGGGUUAGGGAGGAGUCUGUGGGACAAAUGCCACUCUGUCUCCCAAUUAUUCAAGAGGGACCUCCAAACAAGCAUAUUAAUAAAAAGGAUCUUAAACAGCAGAAGGUUUUCCUUUCAUCAUUCUUCGCCUUCUGGCAGACAGCCCUGCCACUGGAGAGAGAGAGAAGGGGACGACACCAUUCUGUUGGCGAAACUUCAGCUGAGACUGUGGAAAAGGGAAUCAGCAGUGAGGGUCGUAGGCAGAAUAUCAAACUGCUAAGAUAUUCAGUGCUGGGUACAAAUUAAAGAACAGACGUUCAGUCUGGACAAAUUGUGAUGCUUGAACUGUGGUUGAAGUGUAGAAGUUUUAAGAGACACUGAGGGAAUCUUUUUGUGAUGUUACCCAUCAAAUCUCCAAUGAAUUUGAAUCGAGCUUUUUAUUUUUAGCUGAGACUGCAUGGUUGCCAGGUAGAGUAGCAAUCCUGUGGUUAGAUGAUCUACAGCAUUUGUGGUGUUUCGUCUAGAAUAAGGCGUUUCUACAGUAGUUGCCAUGUCGUCUUGAAAGGGGAAAAAGAUCACAAAAUUGCAAAUGUGUAACUGUUGAGCUAACCCAGGAAGUACUACAAUUGUUGCCAUCCUUUCCACUACUGUCGUUAAAUCAGUCAUACUGUACAAAAGGCAUGUUCUCUAGUCUUACUACAGAGAUGCACUGUAACGUUAUAGAACUGUUUCCGUCACUGUGCUGCUCCAUUGUGCAUCCAGGUUUCUACAUUAUUUGAAGGAACUUUUCUACAGGAAUGCUUAAAUUGUACACUUAUGUUAGAAAGGACACGCAAGUGUUGCACUCCAGUUCUGGCUCUGAUCUCUGAAUCUCACCUCAUUGAAUGGAUUGACUGUUGAAAAUGAGAUUGCUGCUACAUUGGUUUUGCUAACACUGUAUUUCGUGCCUCGUAGCCUUCUGUUCACAGUGAAUGUGGCAGUAGUUAAUGCACCGGACUGUUUCAUAAUUUGUCAUGCGUGCUUGCUGUGCAGCAUGAAUGUAAAAUGGGAUUCAUUCAGCUCUGUACUAAGCAGCAUUGUCUUAUGUGAACUUUUAGUACUCUAAUCUAUAAUGCAUUUCAGAUGCUGUUUAUUUGGUGGGGCAUUCAUGUUGCAGAAAAUAUGUAGUAGUACAUGAGGAAGGGUCUAAGGAAGGAAGGUUGAGGUCCUGUGCUUUACCAUUGAAGUUUAGCUGAUUUGUUUCCCAGUGGCAGUAAGAAUGUUCCUUUCCCCCAACUGGGGGACAUAGAACUUUGAGAGGUGUGUUUUUUAGGAGUUGGAGUGUUAGCAGUUCUGCUUUACCAACUGUAAAGGGUUGUAGUUGAGCUGAAUAGCAAGAUGAAGAUUCUGAGCAGAAGUGCACGUCAUUUCUUACUGCCAUCUAGCAUUGAACGAUGCUGAAGAGAAAAGUGCCUGGGCAACUUUUGGUUGCUCUUGGUAUUUCCUCACAUUCCAUAGGUUGUACUGGCACUUGAGGUGCCAGUGUUAACCAAAGUGCACAUAGCUGAUAACAUUUCAUUUUUUUUUUAAAUUCCCAAUUAUGCAUUGAUUCUCUAUAAACUGUGAGCAGUUCUAGCUGGGCAAGUUUAACAGCAUGACUAAGUUGCAUCUCCACGAUGAGCCAGAAUACAAACAGUGCAUGAAGGAAGACUUGAGCUGCCUCUUUAGAGGACCAUAAGGCAAGUGCUACAUUAGCUUUGACAUCUGUUUGAUGCUUUGUACCAAAGGGUCCUGGUUUUCUUUUUGUACCUCAUUUGUGGGUAGUCAGCUGCAUUACAGCUGUAGAUCUUUUAAGGGUAAUGUAUAAAAGAGCUGGGCCAGGCUGUGAUUCUGAGAGUAACUGCAUUGUACUGUUUUUUUUUACUUCUUGGAAACCGAACAGUUGAAGCAGUUGUCGGGGAAGUGAGUUUACUGCAUCGUGCAGUAGUCAUGUUAUGCUGUGUCAUAAUAUACAUAAAGAGAUCAUACUUGUACAUCCCAAUCUGGACUCUUGUGAAAUGCACAUAUAUUAAAAAGGAGCUGUCAUAAUAAUUUUUCAAAAUUGA